UCCGUCGUUAUAUAAACCCAUCUACAUAUCGCAAGAAAAUCACUUUAAGACAUUUUAACAAACUGUCCUAAAUUUACUAAAAUACUUGAUCGUUAAAAUUAUAAUAUUAGCAAGUAACAGACUUAGUCUUCAAAGUUGGUAAAAAUGCAACUUUAUUAUGUUUUAAUGUCAUGUGCCUUUUUGAAUGUCUUGGCCUAUAAUAUGAGGGAUUAUUAUAAAGCGGUUUACAGUACAAAUGGACUUAUUGACCGUGCUGUUCGCAUAAAGUCAUUUCGUCAUGAAAAAUUAAAUGCAUUCGAGUAUACCAUAAAAAGAAUGGUUAUAUCAGGUCAUACUGAUUUCGCCUUUGAUAAAAUGAAGUUUAUGGUGGCAAUACCAGACCGUGCGGAACGUGAAAAUCUAAACAGAUACGUGGAAUUCCAAUUACGAUUUCAACAGGAAUUAACCAGUGUUACAGGUCUUGAACCGGUACCGCUAAAUUCGAUAACUAAGAAACCGCCUCGGACACCUAUUAAUCUGCCUUCACCAGAAGAUCCUAUUCCACAACUUGGAGAAAUAGUAAAAGUUGCAAAUAUCCUAAGGAAAAAAACUAGAAAAGCUUUGUGGAGUCUCCUCAUGGAAGAUGUUUUUUUACCUUUGCAGCACCAAGAUCAUCGUUAUACUGAUGAUGAGAGAUGUUUUAUAGUAGGAUUGGCAUCGAGUUGUAUUAACUACGAUUUCGCACGAGCUGUGCGUGUUGAUGAAGAUCGAAGUACUGACACUGCGCAUGAAACUGGUCCUAUUUGCGCCGUUAUAGGUAUAAUGGGCGGCGAAAGAAAGUACAUAGUACGAGACCACGAAUUUCGAGAAGUAAACCGUGGUCAACCUCAUGUAUUAAUACAAGGUAAAUUCGGACACCUUUAUAGUCAGUUACUAGAUACAGAAAUAUUACGAUAAUUAACGGUUAAUGUUUUAAGUUAAUAUCUUUAUUAAAGUAUUUAAAUAAAUAUUAUAUUAGAUUUCUCACACCAGUUUGUUUUUAAUAUUUAAUACAUAUAUUGUAUGGUACUAUUAUAAAUAUAUUUAACUCAUGCUUUACAUAACUCGCACAUAUCUUUAUUGUCAAAUAAUUUUGAACGUAUAUAAUAAAUAAACAGUUUUCCUCACUAUUUAAUGA